CCAGAAAGGGAGAAGACACGGCGGCCUAGAGCGCGGGACUACGCGUAGGCCCCGCCCCUUCGUCCAGGCCCGGGCCCCGCCCUCUAUCCCGGCCCACGCCCUCUAUCCCGGCCCAGACCCUACCCUCUGUCCGGGAGCAGGCCCCGCCCCUCGCUCGGCGGGGCCGCCAGGGGUCGCUGCGCGCCGUGCGGACGCGGCCCAUCAGUUCCCCGCCCUGCUCCCCUUCCUGCUCCGCCCCGAGCAAUUGGCGCCAAAGUCAAACUCACCCCUCGCCCCCCGCAGGGCUCUCCGCCGGAAGGCCCGCCACCCGCGCCAUGUCAAAGAAAAAAGGACUGAGUGCAGAAGAAAAGAGAGCCCGGAUGAUGCAAAUAUUUUUUGAGACAAAAGAUGUAUUUCAAUUAAAAGACUUGGAGAAGAUUGCUCCCAAAGAGAAAGGAAUUACUGCUAUGUCAGUAAAAGAAGUUCUUCAAAGCUUAGUUGAUGAUGGUAUGGUGGACUGUGAGAGGAUUGGAACGUCUAAUUAUUACUGGGCUUUUCCAAGUAAAGCUCUUCACGCAAGGAAACGUAAAUUGAAGGCUCUGGAAUCUCAGUUGUCUGAAGGAAGCCAAAGACAAGUGAACCUGCAGAAAAGCAUCGAGAAAGCAAAAAUUGGCCGACAUGAGACAGAAGAACGAACCAUGCUAGCAAAAGAGCUUUCUUCACUUCGGGACCAAAGGGAACAGCUUAAGGCAGAAGUAGAAAAAUACAAAGAAUGUGACCCACAAGUUGUGGAAGAAAUACGUCAAGCAAAUAAAGUGGCCAAAGACGCUGCUAACAGAUGGACUGUUACUGCCCUCACUCUUGAAAAUAGAGAAACUUAUGUUAAUGCAGCUAAGAGUAAGAUAAUAUAUUUGCAAUCAAAUCAUGGGCCAAAAGAAAAUUUGGGUUUGAAGAAAAUAAAAUUGAUAAAAAUUUUGGAAUUCCGGAAGACUUUGACUACAUAGACUAAAACGUUCUGUGGUGGGGAGAGGCCUCCGAGCCUGUAAAUAUGUAAAUUCUGAAACAUCUCACUGGCUGUACUGGGUUGUUACUACCCUGUAACUGUUUGUUAGUUUGUUAAUUCUAAAUAAAGUAUAAAAUACAGA